UCAAUGGAAGACACCCACCCACCCACAGCACACACUGCACAAAGGAGCCUUUGGUCUGGGGGGAGGCUUUGUUUGCUGAUCUGCAGGGUUUAGAUAGCUCCAGAUUUAGCAGUUGUCUCCUGGAAAAGAAUAGAAAGCUCUGGAGCUUAGUAGGAAGAACAUAGUGGAGAUUUAUAGGGGCCACUGGUUUCCAUGAGCGGCUAUAACUGGAGGAGCUCAGUUAAGGACCAGGAGGUGCCUGCCGGCUAGGACCUUUUCCUGGCCAUGCUCUGCCAUCAUAAUCUACCAAAAGGAGGAGGAGAAGGGGCUGGAACCUUUGCUUUCCCCACCUGCAGCAUCAGCCCCAUCCAGGCACCUGGUGGUGAAAUCAUGCUGGCUCCUUGUUCCAGGCCUUCUCCUCUUUGUGGUAAAGUGGAGACUGCCACUUUGCAACUGGACCAGGGUCCCGUGACCUUUGAGGAGGUGGCUGUAAGUUUCUCGGCGGAGGAGUGGGCUCUGCUAGAACCAAACCAAAGAGCUCUGCACAGAGAAGUCAUGGAGGAAAUCUGCAGACAUCUUGCCUCUUUGGGUUACAGAGGGGAGUGUGACAAAGAUGGUGAACAGCAGAGAAGGAAAACAGAAACAAAAUAUCCACUGAAGAAAUCUGCUGCUUCUGACCUUUCUGACUUCCGUAACACUCCAGUUCAAAAAAAGGAUGGUAACAGAGAGGAGAGGAAUAAAUAUCCUGAAUGUGUAAAACUUUUAACCAGUAAAUCAAGCCUUUGCACACAUCAAGUAAUUCAUACAGGUGAUAGAAAAUAUGAAUGCUCAGAGUGCAGAAAGAGCUUCAACCAGAGCUCAGACCUUAUUGCCCAUCAGAGAAUCCACACAGGGGAGAAACCAUUUCAGUGCUGGCAGUGUGGAAAGAGCUUUAGCCAGAGCUCAAGUGUUACUGCCCAUCAGAGAAUCCACACAGGGGAGAAACCAUUUCAGUGCUGGCAGUGUGGAAAGAGCUUCAGCCAGAUUGCACACCUUACUGCCCAUCAAAGAAUCCACUCAGGGGAGAAACCAUAUCAAUGCUCAGUGUGUGGAAGGAGCUUCAGCGACAGUUCAAGUCUCGCUAAGCAUCAAAGGAUCCACUCAGGGGAGAAACCAUAUCAAUGCUCAGUGUGUAGAAAGAGCUUCAGUGACAGCUCAAGCCUUAGUAAGCAUAAAAAAAUCCACACAGGGGAGAAACCAUAUCAGUGCUCAGAGUGUGGAAAGAGCUUCAGCUGGACCUCACACCUUAUUUCCCAUCAAAGAAUCCACACAGGGGAGAAACCAUUUCAGUGCUCAGAGUGUGGAAAGAGCUUCAGCCGGAGUUCAAGUCUUACUUCCCACCAAGGAAUCCACACAGGGGCGAAACCAUUUCAAUGCUCAGCCUGUGGAAAGUGCUUUAAGAGAAGCUCACACCUUAUUUCCCAUCAGAGAAUCCACAUAGGAAGAAACUGUAUUCAUGCUCAGAGCAUGGAAAGACCUUCAUUUGGAACGCAAAUCUUACCCGAUGUCAAGGAAACCACACAGGAGAAAUCCUAUAAAUGCAGAGUGUGGCUCAAUGUGGGGUACACUCAGGGGCACACCAAGAGAGCAAAGAUGGAAGAGGAAGGCUCGGCCGGCCCCAGAGGAAUUAGAGGCCAUGAGGUUGGAAGCACUGGGGAAUUCUGGGAAAGAUCUGUGCAGAAGAUCCCGGGAGAGGAGAACACCAGCUCAGAUGUACAGCGCCAGCGCUUCAGGCAGUUCUGCUACCAGGAGGUCGAGGGGCCCCGAGGGGUUUGCGACCAACUCCACAGCCUUUGCCGUCAGUGGCUGAAGCCCGAAAGACACACGAAAGCUCAGAUCCUGGACCUGGUGAUCCUGGAGCAAUUCCUGAGCAUCCUGCCCCCAGAGAUGGAGAGCUGGGUCAGAGAAUGUGGAGCAGAGACCAGUUCCCAGGCAGUGGCCCUGGCAGAAGAUUAUCUUGUGAACCAGGCAGACGACAAGAAGCAGGAAGAGCCUCAGAGGUCAUCAAAAGUGGACACUGAUCUCCCUGAGGCAGAGAAGGCUCCAUCAGACUCCAGACAGAAGCCGCUGUUUAGGUGGAUCGUGCAGGAGGGAGACGGAGGAGCCACCUUGAUGGGUGGCGAAAUUACACUGGCUCUUCAUUCAAAGUCUUCUCCUCUUUGUGGUGGAGCAGAGAGAUCCUCUGUACAACUGGACCAGGGUCCAGUGACCUUUGAGGAGGUGUCUGUGAAUUUCUCGGAGGAGGAGUGGACUCUGCCGAAUUCAGACCCAAGGGCUCUGCACAGAGAAGUCAUGGAGAAAAACUGUGGUCGUCUGACCUCUCCAGGUGACAGAGGGGAGGAGAAAGAGGGUGAACAGCAAGGAAGGACACUAGAGAAAGAACACCAGUGGGUGAAGAAAGAACCUGCUUCUGAAUGUUCAGACUUUCAUGAAAUUGCAGUCGAAAAAAUGGAUUGUGAAGGAAACCGAAGAAAUCAGUUUCCUCUGUGUGAAAAGAUCUUAACCAGUAAAUCGAGCCUUAGCACACAUCAAACAAUGCAUGCAGGUGAAAAAAAGUAUGAAUGUCCAGAGUGUGGAAAGAGCUUCAACCACAGCUCACACCUUAUUUCCCAUCAAAGGAUCCACAAAGAGGAAAAGCCAUAUCAGUGCUCAGUAUGUGGAAAGAGCUUUAGCCAGAACUCAAUCCUUACUUCCCAUCAAAGAACCCACACAGGGGAGAAACCACAUCAAUGCUCAGUGUGUGGAAAGUGUUUCAGUAAGAGCUCACACCUUACUUCGCAUCAAAGAAUCCACACAGGGGAAAAACCGCAUCAUUGUUCAGUGUGCGGAAAGAGCUUCAGCCAGAGUGCACACCUUACUUCCCAUCAAAGAGUCCACACAGGGGAAAAACCAUAUAAAUGCUCAAAAUGUGGAAAAAGUUUCAGCGACAGCUCGAGCCUUACUUUCCAUCACAGAAUGCAUGCAGGGGAGAAACCGUAUAAAUGCUCGGUGUGUGGAAAGAGCUUCAGGAAGAGCUCACAUCUUACUUCCCAUCACAGAAUCCAUACAGGGGAGAAACCAUAUCCGUGCCCGGUGUGUGGAAAGAGCUUCAGCCAGAGCUCGAGCCUUAAUUCCCAUCAAAGAAUCCACACUGGGGAGAAACCAUAUCAGUGCUCCCUAUGUGAAAAGAGCUUCAACCAGAGGGCGCACCUUACCUGCCAUCAAAGAAUCCAUACAGGGGAGAAACCCUAUAAAUGUUCCACUUGUGGAAAGAACUUCAGUGACAGCUCGAGCCUUACUUUGCAUCACACAACGCCCACCGGGGAGAAGCUCUAUCGGUGCUCGGAAUGUGCAAAGAGCUUCAGCCUCGGCUCAAACCUAAAUGAACAUCAAAGGACCCACAUUGGGGAGAGACCAUUUAAAUGCUCAGAGGUUGUAAGCCCCUUGGGUAGUGCCUUCUCUAUUGUCUCACAGCUGUAAAGCACCUGCACCCAUAUUUAGAUAGGUAAAACGUCUACUGGAGAAAGUAUUCCGCGUCUGGCUUGGGAGCUGUGGCCACCCAGAAAUGGGUGGCCAUUUUUGUGGCCACCCUGAAAUCAUAGUGAGAGAGGGUGGAUUGAGAAGUGCUUUGGCCUUUGUGAGUAGAAGGUGUCCCUUGAUCAACCUACCCUUCCCAAUCUGCCACUGCAUAACCUGAAUGCAAUACUGCUUAGAUUUCUCUGGAGAGAGAAAAAAAACAAGUUCCUUAUUCCAUGUAAUGAUCAGCAGACACCUAACAAGGGCGUGGAGGCUACAGCAGAGCUGCAGCAAUGUGCUAAGAUGGAGCUGAUUUGGAUUACGAAGCCACUGACAGCAUGUGUAGUGGACAGCCCAUUGGACCUGAGCUGAGGAGAGCCGUGCUCAAAGCCCCGAGGAGCAAUGAACCUUAGAGCAAGGGGACCUCGAAGCAGGGGCUGGCUGCUUCAGCUGCCUGGCAGGGUUGUUGUGAGCAUAAGAUCAGGGGCCCUGUUUAUCCCUCUUUGAGUUCCUUUGGUAGAAUAAACAUAGAAUUAAUAAAAUCCAACCUCUUUUGUUCUCUCGCCCCCACCCACCUGAUGGCAACUCAGCAGGUAGUAAAUCCUGAUGAGUUAAUCUGGGUAGAGAUUUUCAGUCCAGUCCUCUGCAGAAUUUGGUGCCCCGGGAUCAACAGGCGCUGGCGUGCCCAGCUCUGACUAGAUCCAACUGGAGACAGCUGUUUUCAAGAGAGUUGCAAGUGCAGGGGACACGUGCAUAUUUUCUCCCACUAAUGCCCCUAGUCAAACAGGUUUUGAGAAAAAUACUUUAAGCCUUUUUGAGAGUGAGAGGAUACCGCCCCCCCCCCCCAAGUAGCUGCCAUCAAUUAUCUGGGGUGGGUGGGAUCCUGUUGUUUGUCUUCAGUCUCAAUGAGCUGGUCUUGUGGUAGCAAACAUGACUUGUCCCCUUAA